CCCUGGCAUGGCAGAGGCCAUCACUCUCCCCCUGCAUGAGCUGACAGCCUGCAGAGGCUGCCUCUGGGCAAAGACCCCCUGGUGCCCACCCUGCCCAUCCUGCCCAGCCCACGAGGUGCUGGCCAGCCUGCAGAGGCUGCCUCUGGGCAAAGACCCCCUGGUGCCCACCCUGCCCAUCCUGCCCAGCCCACGAGGUGCUGGCCAGCCUGCAGAGGCUGCCUCUGGGCAAAGACCCCCCUGGUGCCCACCCUACCCAUCCUGCCCAGCCCACGAGGUGCUGGCCAGCCUGCCUCUCCAGAUGCUGCUCUACUUCAAUGUCUACUACUUCCCAGUCUGGUGCCUGGCCGAGGGGAUGAUGCUGCAGCUGAAGUACCACCUGCUGCCUUGGCACUACCAGUUCCUGCUGGUCGCUGCCUUCCUCAUCCUCUCACUGGCUGAGUGCUCCCGCCUCUACCUGGGCUACGUGGGGAACCUGCAGGAGAAGGUGCCCGAGCUGGCCGGGUUCCUCCUGCUCUCCGUCCUGAUCCAGCUGCCCCUCCUGCUCUUCCUGCUGGGCGACAGCCACGUCCCGCUGCUGCCGCUGGAGGUGGCCGUGCACAGCCUGCUCCUGACCUUCCUCGGCGCCGAGAUCGCAGCUGCCUUCCUGGCGCUGCGGACCAUGACCAAGCAGCUGGCCACAGAGUUCUACCUGCGGCAGCUCAAGGGUGCCAGCAGGGGACAGCUGGCGCAGGGGAGCAGAGGAGGGCUGGCGGCUGAGAUGGGGUGAUGCUGUGAGACCCCCACACCCCUGUGGUCAGUCCCAGCAGGGAGCAUUAAACGGUGCU